CUCCUCUUUUCGGUUGAGAACACAGCCAUCUUGGAUUUACCGAAGUCAAGUGAAAUUGAUGCGGUGAGGCUAUUUUUCAAUUGUUGAUGGCCUGUUACAAACGACGCGCAGCUCGGCUCCAUCACACAAACGAGAAAAAUUAGCCCCCGACGUCUGCCUGAGUCUUUUUCACGGGGGGCUAAAGCUAAAGGGGGGUUUUCCUUUAGCUGGUUAGCUUCAUCUAAUUUGUCGCUGCUGCCUCGCAAACGGAGCCUAAAUUGAGCCGAGAAAGAGGCGUCCGUCUCCGGCCGGGUGACAAAAGGCAUGUUCGGCUCCAGGAAGAAAUUUGCCGAGUUCGAGGUGGUGGACAACGACUUUACCGAUGAAAGCAUGUACUACAACCAGCCGUCGAUGUUCCCGCAUCGGUCGGACAAAGACAUGCUGUCGUCGCCUUCGCCGUCCUCGUCUUCGGGGCAGCUGUCGCAGCUCGGCGCCAGUCUCUACGGUCCGCAGAGCGCACUAGGCUUUUCGGUGCGAGGCAUGGGCAACAGCACGCCUCAGCUGAACCGAAAUCUAACCCAAGGAACCCAACUCCCGAGUCACAUCCCGCCCACCACCGGGGUCCCCACCAUGUCCCUCCAUACUCCUCCGUCACCCAGCAGGGGUUCCUUGCCCAUGAACACGAGGAACAUGCUGAACCACUCUCAGGUGGGUCAAGGCCUGGGAAUGAGCGGAAGAACCAAUAGCAUGAGCAGCUCGGGUCUGGGGAGCCCCAAUCGCAGCUCCCCGAGUAUCAUCUGUAUGCCCAAGCAGCAACCGGCGCGGCAGGCCUUCACUGUAAACAGCAUGUCAGGAUUCGGAAUGAACCGCAACCAGGCUUUUGGGAUGAACAAUUCAUUAUCAAGCAAUAUCUUUAACGGCACAGAUGGGAGCGAAAACCUGGCCGGGCUGGAUUUGUCCGAUUUCCCGGCGUUGGCGGACAGGAGUCGGAGGGAAGGAAGCGGAAACCCCACCACGGUGCUCAACCCGCUGGCUGGAAGAGCGCCUUAUGUGGGCAUGGUGACCAAACCAUCAACAGAACAAACACAGGAUUUCUCCAUCCACAACGAGGACUUCCCCGCGCUGCCCGGCCCCAACUACAAGGACCCCUCGUUGACAGGCGACGACAACAAAACCAACUUGAACUCCACGAGCAAGAGCGCAUCCAGCACAGACGGGCCCAAAUUUCCCGGAGACAAGACGGCUUCGGCGCAGAACAACAACCAGAAAAAAGGGAUCCAGGUCUUGCCUGACGGUCGGGUGACCAACAUUCCUUCGGGCAUGGUGACGGACCAGUUCGGCAUGAUCGGCCUCUUGACGUUCAUCCGGGCGGCGGAAACGGAUCCCGGGAUGGUCCACUUGGCGCUGGGGAGCGACCUCACAACGCUGGGGCUGAAUUUAAACUCGCCAGAAAACUUGUACCCAAAAUUUGCGUCCCCUUGGGCGUCGGCACCGUGUCGACCGCAAGAUAUUGACUUCCACGUUCCAUCAGAGUACUUGACCAACAUCCACAUAAGGGACAAGCUGGCCGCCAUUAAGCUAUCUCGAUAUGGCGAAGACUUAUUGUUCUACUUGUAUUACAUGAACGGCGGCGACUUGCUUCAGCUGCUGGCGUCUGUCGAACUCUUUAACCGGGACUGGCGCUACCACAAAGAAGAGCGACUUUGGAUCACGCGAGCGCCCGGCAUGGAGCCCACGCUCAAGACCAACGCUUACGAAAGAGGCACCUACUACUUUUUCGAUUGUCUUAACUGGAGAAAAGUGGCCAAGGAGUUCCACCUGGAGUACGACAAGCUGGAAGAGCGGCCCCACGUGCCAACCACCUACAAUUACAACCCGGCCCAGCAGGCCUUCUAAGGCCGUUCCUGCACAUGUCCAGGGAGGGCGCCGUUGCGCUUCUGGUUUUUUCCUUCCCGGACCUUUUUUUUCUUUUGUCUCUUGACUGCAGGGGGGAAAAAAGAAAAGAAAAAAAAAGCCACCGUUCCCAAAUUUCACAUUGCCCAGAACACCAACACUUUAGUUUUUAUUCUAUUUCUUUGUUUUUUUUGUUGUCUCGUUUGGAGCAGGGUUCCCUCCGUGUUAUGUUUACGUGGGAGUCUGACUGAGCCUCACAAAAAAAAGAAAAAAAGCGACCGACCGACCAAUGGACGGACGGACGGACAGACGGGAAAAGUUCCAAUCCUCAAGUCAAAGAAAUGCAAUGUUUAUUGUUGCACUAUAUUUAGUAAUAAAAGAACACAACAUUUCUUUUGUUUCAAGUCCUUUUCUGAACAUUGACCUCAUUUUAGACGGCAGGACAUUCACCUAAGCACCCCAAAAA